AGGAUUGAAUUCAAUAUUGAAAAAUGCAGCUGGAGGUUUCUGAAGGCCUCAGAGUUAUAGGAUUAAAUCCAUAUGAAAAGCUUGCUCUUUUUGCGGAAAAUUCAUGCAGGUGACUAGUUGCAGAUCAAGGUCUGCUGCUUUGAAGCUCAGGCCGAUUUUACCGUCUAUUUACUUUUCUUUCUUUGAUCACCAUUCAUUGGGACAUGUCUCGACUUUUAAAAGCAAAAUGGACGCAAAUAACACGUUUUGCAAAAAAAUAGAGUUUAUAAUUUGCUGUCUUUACCUAUACAUGGCAUCGAGGAAAUUGAAGAAAAUUCCAGAGUUUUUCAAGCCUUUUGUUGCAGAAGAUAGGGAACGACGACUGUUGAUCCGACCAUUCUUCUCUGAAAUUAUGAAAGAUAGGUUGCCGAAUAAUGCAUUCAUUAGGGAUCGUAAAGAGAAUUUUUGGCCUGUGGAGGUAUUGCAGAGAGAAAAGAAAAAGUUCUUCGAAGCUGGUUGGACAAAGUUUGUGCAGGAUAAAAAUGUCCAGUACGGAGACUUUUUAGUUUUUGAGUAUGAUGGGGGAUCCUUUUUCGACGUUAGGAUUUUUGGAGUCACUGCAUGUGAGAAGGAAUUUAGUGUUGAAGGUUUUGAGGCAGACGAGAUGGAAGAGGAAGAAGAUGAAAAAGGCGAGAAUUAUGUAGAUGAAGAAGGCCAUGACAAAGAAAUGGAAGAUGAAGAAGAUGAGCAUAAGGCAGAUAACAGAGUGGAGAUGGAUGAUGAUGAGCUUGCUUUGUUGGAAAAUUAGAUCCGAAACGGAAAAGUGACUUGCGUGUCCCGAUGGAUGUGAUCAGGGACUUCAACCUGAAGCUUCCAGAAAAAAAUAGAUGUUUGCGAUGAACAAGGGAGGACAUGGCCUGUAGCUGUUAAAAAAUGGGGUGAUGGACGGACCUGUCUAGCGAAAGGGUGGAGAGCUUUCUGGAGGUGGAAUGGAGUCAAGCUGAACGAUAAGUGCCUCUGUGAAUUCGUUCCAGGAAAUGAUGGGAGUGAAAUUCGACUACGAAUUAGCAUUCGAGCCGAAUAUUUGUUGCAGUAAUGUAGUUCGAUUAUGCUGCUUAUGUAAUGUUUCUGGAAAAGACUUAAGCUCUGCUUGAAAGAGUGAAAAGUUUCAGUACUGUUUCUUGGAAGUUAAUGUUUUUAUAAAGAUUAUGUCCUUUUCUUUAGUAAUAACUUGGAAUGGUUUUGAUAUUUUUACUUUCGAAAUUGUCGUUUUUUCCACCGGAUGACUUGUCUUUAAUCUAUCCGAGUUCAGAUUCUCGACAUCAUGUAAAGAGAGCGAGAGAUAUUGGAACAAGAGGUUGCUGGCAAGGGAGGGGGAUAAUUUUGUAGAAUGCAUGCUGAAUAGAAAUAUUUAGCUAUAGAUAAGGAAGACUUCACAAACUAAGAAGCCUUGUGGCUUGCGUACUACAAAAUCAACCUCUCAUUGCUUCUCCUUUUCAACCAACCAUUACCCAACCAUCUUAUCCUUUCUUGAUUUCUUUCCUUCUCUUCCAAUACAAAGUUCUAAUAAUAAUCACUCAUCAUUCUGUACUCCAUAACAAUAAAUACAAGUGGUGAGUUGAAGAAUCAAUGGCAGCUACACUAUGUCCAGGAAAACUUACCAGCAUUGCUGCAGCGAUCACGAGCCCGAUAAGAGCAUCCCAGAAGAGGCCUAAUGUUAACUACAUUAGUGGAUUGAACUCAUUUGGUGGACUAAAAGCUCAGAACAAUGUUGUGGCAUUAGGCCUUCCGGUCUGCACUGAACAAUCUUUCGCAAACUUUGCUUACUCACUGAAGCAUUCGAACCAGAGAAGUGGAGGUGGAGGUGCACUUACUUCAACCUGCAAUGCAGUGGCUGAGAUUUUCAGGAUUGCUGCAGUGAUAAAUGGCUUAACUCUAGUCGGGGUCGUGAUUGGAUUUGUUCUUCUGAGAAUCGAAGCAGCUGUGGAGGAAGCUGAGUGAACAAAGCUUUGAAGAAGUCUCUAUCAUUUUUUACGAACUGUAUGUUUUGUUUAUUUGAUGUAGAGUUCAAUUUGGGAUUCAUAUAAACAGCUAAUAUAUUGGUUUCGAUUCAGAAACUGCACUGGAUACAUAUCUUAAUAACAACUUGUCAUAUUCUGAUAUCA